UUUAUUGAAUUCAAUACACAAAUACAUAUAUUUAGCCUGCAUAAAUGAACAUACUGCGUAAGUAACAUUUGUAUAUACUAUUCCUAAAAAGAAUGGCUGGUCAUUUGUCUGCACGAUUAGGCACAGUGAGAUGUAGCAAUCACAGAGGACAAAGACCGGAAUAUUUUUGUUGUGGACAACUCAUAUGCAGUCUGUGUCAAGUAGAACAUUCCGAUCAUAAUUCACUUAUUACAAUUGAAACGAAAAGUAAAGACAUCAAAGAAAGUGUACCGUAUUUUCUAAAUAGACUUGACAAAGUAAAAACUUAUACGGAUCGGAAACUUUGGGACUAUGAAUCUAUGCUCGUACGAAACUCAUCAGAACGGACUAAAAACACGAAAAAUAUAUAUAAAAGGAUAAAAGAAGUAAUUGAUUAUUUGAAGGUAAUAGAAGCUUCCCUAAAGGAAGACUGCAGGAAAAGACACGAAAAAGUAAGUGAAAUUUUAGAUAAGAUUAUUGACGAAUGCAGAACAACUUUGACUGAAGUUGAACAAAUACAACUAUGUUGUGUACGGCUACCAUUGUAUAACUCUGCUUUAGAAACUGUUCGUGUUGGAGUCAGAGUAAAUCAACAGUUGGGAGAACUCGAUACAAAAGACAAUCCCCAACUUCUACCACAAAUCCCAGAGUUCAUAUCUCCCCACGAUAUGCCAGGAAAAGGAUUGCUCAGGAGAAUUAUUGGAACUUUGAAUGAUGGACUAGAUAUGGAUUCCGAUUGGACGACUGAAGAACAUGAAAAAUUUGAUAUCAAACAGCGAUUCAAAUGGGAGAAGAAACGUAUCGGAAUAGCACCUCUCGGAACGGACAGGGCGUGGUUGUAUCCUAUAGAUACGGGUGGGAAUUUUGUCUUAAUUUCACAUAACGGUGUAAUUAUAACAGAAAUUCAAAAUGAAAAACACAGAAAAAUAGAGAAAAUAUAUACAACUAAGCUUAGAAAUGCCUGGGUAACAGACAUAGAAAAAUGUAGUAUUAAAGUAUUGCGAGAGAACGGUGAACUUGAGCACAGAUUUCAUGUUUCACCUUUUCAUCCUUUUGGAAUAUGUCCCACAAAAUCGGGAGAAGUCUGGAUUUGUUUAGCUGAUAAAUCAUCGUUUAUUCCAGAGUUAAGAGGACGGACAAUGGUAGCAAAAAUGACAAAUUUGGGAGAAAGAGUGUGCAAAAUUGAAUUUCCUGGUGGUAAAACACACUUUACUUUUCCGUAUAGAUGCACAGAAAAUAUUAACGAAGAUCUAAUUGUCGUUGAUCGAAUCAAAGAGACCAAAGGACAGGUUUUUAUUUUCGAUAAGAGUUGCCAACCAAAAGGUGGUUACAUUGGAACUUCCGUUGAUCGUGAAUUCGACCCACGUGACGUUUGCUGUAACAGUAAAGGGAAUAUAAUCAUUUCGGACUAUUCUAAUCAUGCAAUACACAUUCUGUUAGCAGAUGGUGUUUUAGAAAGACUUUUGAAAAUGGACUCUAAGGAAUUGUUACGUCCGUUAUCAGUAGCUAAUGAUGACAGUGACAGGAUCUGGAUAACGUUUAACGAUGGGAACGUAAUAAUAAUCAACAAUUAUGUUAAUUUUCUUCAAAGAAGAACAUAAAAAUUAAUGUAAUGUGCUAGUAAAUGAAUUACUUUUUA